GGGGGAAAACGCGGCGUGGGUGGGUCGGGGUGGGUGAGUGCGUGUGGAAUUAAUCCACCAUGUCAGAGGUUUUUGUGCAAAAAGGAGACAGAGGGGUCCUGUAACUUUAUUCGAGUAAAGGGAGAGGCCAUGGGGCAUUUCCUGUGGAGUCUCUCAGAUGGUUGGAGGAUGCAGCCUCUCUUUUAUCUUAAAAUCCCUGCUGCAUCACCCUUUUCCUUUUUCCCACGGCCAAGGUAAUCAGAAGGUACAGACUUAACGAAUUGCCUGCUCUAUGCACCCCCUCCUAAUAUGCACCCCCCUUUCAUUAUAUAGAAGAAAGAAAAACCUACUCAUUAUUUGACUAAGUCUUUGUUCUCAUGCUCUAGGUUCAGGAAUUUAACAGGGCCUUGGCUGAGCAACAGUCUGUGUUGAUCAGUAGCAUUCUCUAGAGCUAAUAGCUUCUUUUGUUACUUCCCGAUCUCUGAGUGCAUGGCCCUAUCCCCAAGCAGAUUCACACGGUCUGUUUGUAAAGACACAUUCAUCUUAUUUGUUUCAAUCCCUCCUCUUUUAUUUUCUUAGUAAUUGCCUUUACAAACUUUAAAUAUCAUUGAUUUAAUCUUUUCUUCCUGGGUCUUCUUUGACUCAAUGACAUGAUUCUGUCCUUGAGUUGUUUAAUUUUCCACAAACUUCUCCUUUUCAUGCUAAUAGAUAAUAUAAUACUAUCUGGUGCAGAUAAAAUAAUACUAUCUGAGGUUGAAAUGUUCCAUUUCUCAUCUGACUGGGUUUCAUUCCAUCUGCCUCAAUAUUUGCAACAAUCAUAAGGAGGGCAGUUGCGGAUCCAACAGUCUAAACCCAAAGGUAAGGUUUAUUCACAAAUGCUUUUUCCUGCAUUUGUGAAUAAACGCCUGUCCUUUUUAGGCAAUAAAUACCUCUUUCAGAGCAAUGAAGCUGCCAUGGACUUCCUUCCUCGUCCCAAAAUCCCAUUCCAUUAUGGACCUCACUCUAGGUGUGACCCACCAUUUAAGUGCGGCUUGGCCUCUCCUGACCCAACAAUUGCUAAGGUUAAGAACUUUUGCUGCUUCUUCUCCUAAGGCUGCAAAUUGGUUCUCCCACCUCUGGCCCAACCCUGACUGACAAUAUAAAGUAUUAAGGAAAAAUAUUCAAUAGUGUAAUCUAAUUAUUUAGUCAAAUUCUCACAUUGUCUUCCCCACCACCUGUGGUAACUGAAGGCACAGAAACAAUUUAACAUAAAGAAAACAGUGACAAUAAGGGUUGUCCUGCCAGUGGCUGGAGAUGGCAGAGGAGGGUGGCCAGGAUUGCAGAGGAUUCCAGGCGAGGAUCUGUGGGCAGGCGCAGGGGCUUGGCCCGCUGUGGAGCCCUGGCUGCUGCUGCGUUGCCUUCAGGGCAGGCUCAGGGGCGGCCUCCCAUCCUCCUGCUGCAGGCGGGAAGUGCAAAUCUCCGGGGCUUCAGAGCCCUUGAGGCCAGGCUGAGGGGUCCCCCCGUGUUGAGCUGUGCUGGCGGCUGUUUCUGGCCUCAGGGACACUUGGCAUGGGCCCCUUGGCCACCAGUGGUGCUGCUUUGCACUCCUUAGGCAGGAGCCGAUGUCCUGGCUGGGUGUUGGCAGCAGCAAAGUGCCAGGGCAGGCUCUGUGCCAGCCCAGCUUCCUGUGGGAGAGAUUUCACAAGAGACAGGAUUGUGGCCACAGACUGCUGUAAAUGUACAUCCCUCAUCUCCACCCUGCACUAGGUGGAGAAUUACCAGGGUAAGGAAUUCCAGACAUCAGUUCCAAGGGAGAUAAUUGAAUAUCUGCCCUCAGUCUGGCACUUCUUCUUGCCAGAGCCAAUGGCAAAAGCUGUACCCAUGGCAUCUUGGUUUCUAUUUCUAGCUUUAAAAGGUGCUUCUUUAUUUCUUCACUCAUUUUUUUUUUCUACCUGACCUGAGCUCUGGGGGUGCCAGGAGGGAUGGAGGUUCCAUUGUAUUCCUAAACCAGUCAUAACCCCUUGGAGAGUUUUAUCUGUAAAAUUAGUUCCUCUGUCUGAGUCUAUUGCAUCAAUGAUCCCAUAUCUUCAAAUUAUUUGUUCCAAAAAUACUUAUAUAACUGAUCCUGUAGUUGCUGAAGCAGUUGCAAAUGCUUCUGGCCACCCUGUUAGCUGACAUGCUGUUACCAGAAGAUAUUUCAGCCUUCCCACUUGGGGCAAUCUGGUAAAAUCCACCUGGCAUCUUUGGAAGGGACAUAGGACAAAGUCCAAGGCCUCCCUCCUCUGGCAAGUUUCUUUUUAACUUGCUGUUGUGAGAAACAACUGCUCACUUUGAAAAUUUAAAAGCUUUCUUAAACCUUGACAAAAAUACAACAAAAGGACUGCAUAAGGAAAAAUUCGCAGCACUGGGAGCUACCCUGAUGGAUACCCCAUGGCCAGUUCAUCUUCAAGAUGGAUGCUCAUUCUUUUAUACCCCUGGCCCUUCCCAAAGUCUGUCAGGCAGCUCUUCUGUGCCAUUUAUUGGUGGAGAUGCUUGCUUGUAACUGGAUUGGAGGCCAGGUGUUGCCAUGCCCACCCCCUGAGCACCAAGCUUCCAUUCCCAACUGCCCCAUGCAAGGGAGGUGUGCACACCUUCUUUCUGCCUGUCUUAGGCAUCAAUACAGAGGGGGGGAAAGGAUCUAUGGGGAGAACAGAGGACAUCUAAACUAGAAUAACAUAACUAUACAUCACUAAAGCUUUUCUUAAUAUACACACAAUAGUCAUCCCUUAAUUGCGAGAGCCAAUCAUCUCAUUAUCUACCUGUAGCAGUGUCUAGGGGAUGGUUAUUUAUCUCAUAUAGUUUUUGGGGUUCAUUGUUUUGUUUUUUGUCUGGGACGGUUGCUGCUCCGGGAGUAUUGCAAUGAGUGGGAGCCAGGUUGGGGUUUCCAGAGAGAGUUUGGGGCAGGGUGUGGGGCAGCUCCUUUCCUUCCAGCCAGCUGUUGGAGUGGCCACACUGCUGGUGUUUCUGACUGGGGAUCCUGCUGCUUCUGUGGGUUCUGUCUGUUUCUUUUUGUUUCUUUUCCUUUGGCGCUGUGACUGGGCUUGCUGGCUUGCUUCUCUGCUGCUUGGGAGCCCAGAGCCGGUGCAUGCUGUGCCAGGAGUGGGAGCACCCCGUUCCCCACCAGGGGCUGCCUCCUCUGCACAAGUCCAGAGCCCAGGACCAGCCACUGCCGGUGAGGAAUGGCAGGGAGCGAUUCUCUGUCGGGCCCCACUGACAGACUGUAACCCAACACCUGGACACCCCACAGCUUCGGGCAGGGCCCUGGGGUUUCUGCUGCCUCUCGCCUGCUGCCCCGGGAUUUCUCAUUCUCAAAGCUUGGUCAGAUGGAGAAGGAGGCUGCGAGGAAGAUGCCGUGGAACAGCCAGGCAGAAUAGGAGCGGAGGAUGGAGAGCAGGGAGGGCAAAUCCCCACAGCAGGACCUUGUGGAAGAGGCCGUUUUGAGCAAUUCCAUAGUGCAGGAAUCCAACGGGAAGGAAAAGCCCCAGAGAUCCCGCACGAGGAGGGGCUGCAAACCCAGCCCUGGGAUCUGUGAGGAGGAAAGGCCUGCCCUGUGCCAGGAGGGUGGACAGAGCUUCAGCCAGAGCUCAGACAUGGUGGUCACUGAGCACCAUCAAAGCAGGGAGAAGUCAUACAAGUGUGGGGAAUGUGAGAGGAGCUUCAGCCACAUCUCCAACCUGAAGAAACACCAGAGGAUCCACACUGGAGAGAAGCCCUACAAGUGUAGGGAAUGUGGGAAGAGCUUCAGCCGUAGCAACAACCUGGCCCGUCAUGAGAAUACUCAUGAUAAUGAAAGGCCUUCCAAGCGCUCUGAACGUGGGAAGAGCUUUAGAGAGACAUCCAAACUAAACCAGCACAAGAUAAAUUGCUCUGGGGAACAGCCCUAUGUGUGUGAGGAAUGUGGGAAGAACUUCAGCCAGAAAUCCAACCUGCUCCGCCACCAGAAGAUCCACACUGGGGAGAGGCCCCACAAAUGUCCCAAAUGUGGGAAGAGCUUCAGCCAGAGCACCCACUUGGAUGUCCACCAGUGCAUUGACACCAGGGAACAGCCCAACAACUGUGAGAAAUGUGGGAAGAGCUUCGGGAAGAUUCACAACCACCUGUGUGUGGAAAUCAGGAUAUGUGACAGCUACAAGUGCUGGACAUGUAAGAAGAGCUUCAGCCGGAGGUCCCACCUAAUAGUCCACAUGCGCAUCCACACUGGGCAGCAGCCCUACAGGUGUGAGGAGUGUGGGAUGAGCUUCAGAGAUCGCUCCAACCUGAACCACCACCGGCGGACCCACACUGGGGCACGGCCCUACCUGUGUGAGCAAUGUGGGAAGAGCUUCCCCAGGGGCUCUCACUUGUCCCAGCACCGACAGAAGCAUUGCCACGGUGAGCGAAGGCAGAGGCGGAAUCCAAAGGCUGAUGUCACCUUUGUAGCUGAAAGCUGAGACCUUCUUUCAACCUUUAAAAUAUGAAUUAGGAAAACACUGGGUGAUUCAUCACUCACCCUAUUUGCCAAAUGCUUCUAAGAAGGAUCUGUUGGAAUUUUGCAAAGUGUGGAGAAUAACAGAUAGUUGAGGAGGGUUUACUGAAUUAAAUUUUAAAAAUGCCUUCUGCAUCCCUGUGAAUAAGAAAGGCCAAGGACUGAGCGAAGGAAAGAAUGUAAAAAUAUGGACUAAUUCUGAAUAUGCAUUUAUGUUUUCGGUGAGGUCAUCUGUAAAGAGAGAGGACUGGCAACUGUUCAAGGCCUGGAAUUGAGCACACUGAACAGACCCAUCCACUGCUACAGAGUAUUAAGGAGUCUGGAGAAGCAGCCUUCAUACAUUGCAAGAUUCAUCAAACUGGGGAAGCAACUCUUGAGUUAGAGAAUCCUUUUGUUGCUAAAAUAGUAAAAGAAGCAAGAAAAAGGAUCUUAACAGUGGUGCUACAGAAGGAAAUCAGUUUGACAAGGUUUGCCCCAAAAUGUGAUCAAUAGAGCCAUCAGUUUUCUGGCACAAAGGUUGAAAUCAAGUAAAGUGAAUGGACUGUUACACCAGAGGGACAGACUGCAGUCCCACCUCAGCAAGAACAAGAAAAACACUUGCAGGGGAACAAGAAACCUUUUUAAACAUUAAGAAAGCAGUAAUAGAAAGGGAAAAAAACUGAUAUUGUACAAUCUGUAACAAAUGUGAAAUCUUCUCUGGAACCCACCCAAACAUGAGCAAAAGAGUUGUGUUAGAAAUAUCAGAGGCAGGGGGUUCUCCUGGACAUUGUUGGCAAAUAAAUUCUACUGAGUUACCACCCAGAAAGGACACAGGUUUGUAUUAGGGGUAGGUGAUACCUUCAGUGGAUGGUCUGAGGCUUACCCCUGCUGCACCAACACAACAAAAGGAAGUGGUGGAUAUUUUACUAAAUCAUAUAAUUCCAGUGUUUGGGGUUCCUUUGGAGUUGGUCCCCCUGUGAUUGGAGAUGUUAGUCAAAUGUUGGGAAUUGUUUGGGAUCUAUAAAUUCCCUACACACCCCAGAUAAAUGGUAAGACUGCGUGUGUGACUGGAACCCUCAAAGCACAGAUAUAUAAAAUUUGUUGGAAACAUCCAUGACAUGAGUUCAGGUUUUACCCAGAGCCUUACUGAGAAUCCACAUACAACCAAAGUGUUGCAGUAAGGUAGAAAAAUUAUUAAAAAAGGGCUCAUAAAAUCAGGCCUGCUCUGUUAGAUCAGUGACGUCGUCAAGCUAGCACUUUGCAAGUUCCCAUGGGAAAGCAGUCCUGGUGUGAAGAGUUCGUUAACAUAACAAUUUAUUCCCGGAUGAAAAACAACUAGUGCCUGCAUAAACAUUAAAUCUAUCCUAUGAGAACCAGAGAAGAAAAUAAUUUUAUAGGGAGAAAAAAACAAUUUUAUAGAGAGAUUUGAUGGACAAAUAAAGUAUCUCUUACUAACCAAUAAAGUAAUUGGCAAGAAAGCUACUAACCCAAUUGGAAUCACACACAAGGUAUGUAAAACUGUAUAAAAACGAGUUACUUGAAUAAAGAAUGAAGUCUUUUUAACAAUGAAGAAAAUAAAGUCUCAUGUGAUUUAUUCCGAUACC